AUGAGGAAGUGAGGGACUCUUCUAAACUGAGUGCAAAGAACUAGUCUCUCUUUUGGUGUCUUGCCUACUUUUCUCAUCAUGGUGUUCUAAUGGCAGCAGUAUGAAAUUGGAUGGAUUGAUUGAAUCCUGACACGUGCAGUUUUUAUUUUUUCCGACUAGAAAGCCUUUUCUCACUAAUUUUGAGCUUAUUUGGAAUACCACUUUUGGCUUUUUCCAACAGGAAAUAAAUCCAUUCAAAGUUCUUGGUGUCCUCAUCUGCAAAAGUAAAAGCAAAAAGUAAUACAAUGGAACCAGACUUUUUCACUGCUUUUGCACAGCCUGGUGUGCUUCAUCAUUCGCCACUUCAGAAUGAUGCCAUUCAAGGAGAAAAGAGGAAAUUCAUAAAUCCUACCUCCUGCAAUAACCCUAAGUUGGAAGAACUACAAAUGCUCUUGAUAGAUUGGAUUAACACAACCCUGAAACAGGAACACAUAGUAGUGAAAAGCCUGGAAGAAGACCUGUUUGAUGGGCUGAUACUUCAUCAUCUCUUAGAAAAACUAGGAUCUCUCAGACUGGAUGUUGAGAAGAUUGCACUGACGGAAAAAAAACAGAAACAUAAACUUGCUGUUAUUCUGGAAGCUGUGGCCCAGAGUUUACAACUAGAAGAGAGCCAGCUGAAAUGGAGUGUUGAUUCCAUUUUCCAGAAGGACUUACUGAGCACAUUGUAUCUUCUGAUUGCAAUAGCAAAGCACUUCCAACCUGAUCUGCCUAUCCCUUCAAAUAUUAGUGUGGAAGUAAUAAUCAUUGAGCGUACCUUAACAGGAUUAAGGACAGAAAAUGCAGUGGAAUAUAUCACAGAGAACAGAGAGAAUUUAGAAGGCCAGUCAAAAGCUGAUGCUUUUGAUGAAUUAUUCACACAUGCACCGGACAAACUGGAUGCUGUGAAAAAGGUGCUUUUGCAAUUUGUCAACAAGCAUGUUGGAAAAUUAGGAUUAAAUGUGAAAGAUGCUGAAUCUCAGUUUGCAGAUGGAGUUAUCUUGCUUUUGUUAAUUGGACAACUUGGGGGGUAUUUCCUGAAUUUAAGGGAGUUCUUCCUGACCCCAAAUUGUGCUACGGAAAUGUCACACAGGUGACACAGCAAGGGUAGGGGUCACAAAGAUUCCUUCACAUUGUCCCACAAAUGUACCUCAACCCUAACUUGAUGGAACCAUCGCUAA